GUGCUGCGCGACCCUGGGAGUCGGUCGGGAGCGUCGGGUAAAUGGCAGCUUCAACCUCGCCGUCAAGAUGGUAUUUCACCCGCGAACAACUGGAGAGCAGCCCGUCCCGGCGGAGCGGCAUGGACACCGACAAGGAGCUGUCCAACCGGCAGCAGGCGGCCAACCUGGUGCAGGAGAUGGGGCAGCGGCUCAACGUCUCUCAGUUGACUAUCAAUACUGCAAUUGUUUAUAUGCACAGAUUUUAUAUGCAGCAUGCUUUCUCAAAGUUUCAUAGAAAUGUAAUUUCACCUGCUGCUUUGUUUUUGGCUGCAAAAGUAGAGGAACAGCCACGUAAACUUGAGCACGUUAUAAAGGUGGUACAUGCCUGCCUGAGUCCACAAGAACCACAACUAGAUGUUAAGAGUGAAGGAUACCUUCAACAGGCCCAAGACCUGGUCAUACUUGAAAGUAUUAUACUGCAAACCUUGGGCUUUGAGAUUACUAUAGAGCACCCUCAUACUGAUGUGGUCAAAUGUACCCAGUUAGUGCGAGCAAGCAAGGAUUUGGCACAGACAUCCUAUUUCAUGGCUACCAACAGUUUGCACCUGACAACGUUCUGCUUGCAGUACAAACCCACUGUGAUAGCAUGUGUGUGUAUUCAUCUGGCUUGCAAAUGGUCCAACUGGGAGAUACCUGUAUCUACAGAUGGGAAACACUGGUGGGAAUAUGUGGAUCCAACUGUGACUCUGGAGUUACUUGAUGAGUUAACACACGAGUUUCUGCAAAUAUUAGAGAAAACUCCAAGCAGAUUAAAGAGGAUUCGAAACUGGAGGGCCAACCAGGCUGCAAAGAAACCAAAAAUCGAUGGCCAAGCAGUUGACAAUGUUCUUCCUGGUUCAUCUGGGGCCCAUGAUUCUACGUUAGCUUCUGUUGGUGGUGAUGGUGCUUCAAGCUCAAACUUUUCCAAACAGUCAAAUUCCACAACAACUGCUCUACCUGCAUCAUUGAACUCUGGUAGUAUUACAAUUUCAGCUCAUCAAGUCCCUGAUCUGAUGUCUACAGCAUCGUUCAGCUCUACCUCCCAGCAAGAGUGGCCUCAACAUCAGAACAUGGUGGAACAAGCUCAUUCUCACAAAGAGAUGGCAGUAUCUGUCAACAAAAACGAUAUGAUCUGCAUUCAGCAGUCAGCUUCUGGGCAAUUAAAUCAGAGCCACCAUCGACCUGAAAAAAGUUCAGGGCAUUCAUCCAGUAAGCAUGAACAUCUUAAUAAAUCUGGGAAUGGUAGACAUCAUGGAUUUCCUAUGCCUUCUGGACCAGUUCCUCAAAAACUAGCUUUGGACAGAUAUAGAGAGAAGUUUGCUGUAGAACUUGCUGUACAGAAACGCAAGUUAGAGACACUUGAUGCUGAUGUGAAAGAACAGUAUGCUUGUGCUGCUCAAGCUCUUGUAGAACAACAGAAGAAACGUGUACCAGUGCAACAGCAAACUCAGAAUAAUAGUAAUAUUGUGACUUCACCAAUUAAAAUGAAAAUUCCAGUUUCAUCUUCAGAGAAAUCAGAAAGGCAUGCAACAGAUAAAAAAGACAAGGGUUUGCUCAAACUACGGAUACCCAUUCCACCCACAGAAAAGCUUACCAAGGAUGAGCUAAAAAUGAAAAUUAAAGUCCCCACUUCUGAAAUUCACAGUUCCUCAGAUGAGGGCAGUGGUAAGAGCAAACACACAAGCCCACAUGCAGGCAAGGAGCAUAAAGAGAAGCGCAAGGACCAUUCUUCUCAUCAUCAUCACCAUAGUAGCGGCCACAAGCAUUCCCAUUCACACAGCAGCAGUACUGGGAAUAGCAGACACAAUACUGAUGGAUCCAAAGGAGGAACUCUGCGGAGUCCCGUGGGUCUGAGCGGUGAUGGCAGCUCCACUGGCUCCAGUUCUUCACGCAAGAGGGUGCACGCCAGUGACACCUCUCACAACCACCAUCCCAAAAUGAGCAAAACCUCCAAGACUGCAGGUACUUCAUCUAGCUCUUCUUCCUCUUCUUCUUCUUCCUCCUCUGUGAAGCAGUGUAUAUACCCUUACAACUUAAUUGUUAACCUUCCCUCCUCCCCUCCUCCCACUGUCACAUACCAGGUGGGCUAUGGACAACUCAGCACCCUCAUGAAACUGGAUAGGAAACCUACAGAGGUGAACGGUCAUGACGCCAAUCCAGAGUACAAUGCAAACAGCCAGCACAUGGACUACAAAGACACUUAUGAUAUGCUGGAGUCACUCUUAAGUGCCCAAGGAGUGAACAUGUAGCCGUAUUUCGCAGCCUGUGUUUGAAGUUGGAAUUCUGCUCCCUGUUAAUCCAGCUGUGAUAAACAACAUUGCUGCCACUGCUUCCAUCUGAUCUGAGCGCUGCUUCCCCAUCCUCCACUUUCAAAAGGAAAUUAGCGUAAGCAUAAUCAGAGGUGAAUGUUUAAAGGGUUGUGCUCUGCAAUUAGUGUUAUAAUUACAGAUGCUGUAACUUCUAGCAUGAAAUGUGCAUAUUUAAUUUUGACGGUGUCUGAACAGUUGAAAAUUAAAAAUGGCAGGCUGCUGCUUGUGAAGGUGUAAUACUUAAUGUGUUGUGCACACCUAUAACGUGGCAGUUUAUGUUGGUUUUCCAAUUGGUCAAACCCUUAUUCUUGCCACAGAUUUCAAAGGAGUGCAAUUUUUUUCAAAUGUCAUUUCUUUGUCCUUUUAUUGUACAGUGGUUUUGCAUGUUUCUAGGACAAAAGGGAUGUAAAACAGAAGUUAGAGACAGCUGUAUUAGUUUACCAGAAAGUGGAGAAAAAUGUACAUACAUUUUUGUAUGUUUAGAUGUACUAUGAAUACUCAGGUUUGGAGCUGCUUGUAAGUAUAAAAUGUUUAAAAAAAGAGAGGUUUACAUAUGACUGACUUUGCUAUAAAGUGCAUUUAACAAUUUCAUGGCUUGUUGCAGUAAUUUACCCAGGCACCAUGCUGUUACUUGAUGAUUACAUUGGGUUAUUAAUGUAACCUUUAAAAAAAAGUCAAAAAAGCUCAUGUGGGACAGAAGUUAAUGUUGAAUUCAUGAGUGUAAUAGCUGUAUUUUUUUAGGUUAGCUCUUCUAUAAAGAUUACUUUAAAUACAUCUUAAUACUCUACAGGGAUCAACGUGUCAAUCAGCAUCUUAACGUUUCAGCUUCUGUAUGCUUGGAUCAUAAAGUAAAAGAAGUUACUGUUAAUGAUGUGAUGUGUUCAGGUAAAUACAGUUUGCAGUCAACUACACAUGCAAGGACAAAUCUUACAAAGGUAAUAUCUGACCAUUCUAGCUGAUAUAAACAUCAAACGUUAGUGUUAAAUUAUAAUGCAUCUUAAUUAUUGUAGUUACAUAAAACACUAACAUAGUAUUUGUGGACAACACAAGAAAGAUAUGGUGUAAUCUAAUUGUUAGCAUUCAGCAAAGAAAUUUCCAUGUCAUGAGUAUGUGAAGAUAGUGUUCAAAUCAUAAUAAUACUUUUGGUCAGAUAUUACCUUUUUAAUGUUUAAAAUUUCCUAGUUGGAUUUCAUCAAUAAAUGUGAUAGCUAUUCAUGUUUCUUGUAGUGUUUCAUUGCUCUUUCAUGACUAUUAUUUUUAUCUAUAUGUAUGUGUGUGUGUAUAUGUGUAUGUAUACAUAGAUAUAUAAUAUAUAUUUAUUAUAUAUACACAUAGGAACUUAGUGGGUUUACUCAUAGCUGGUGAAAUGUUUGUUUUAAAACACAAAACUAAAUUAAGGCUGCAAUUUUGGCUAAAUCUAUAAAAUAUGUUUUUUGCCCCUUUGGUUCCUCAACAAUGACACAGCUUCAAAAUCGAGGCCAAAGCAUGCAUCUGUUAAUAUGGCUCUUUGACUGGCCCAAGUAAGUGGUAUGGGAGCAGUAUGGGUGGAAGUGACCUUUUUAUUACUGAUGAGAAGCACAUUGUAUUUGGGUUAAGUAGCCCGGUAGCGAUUAUGCUUUUGGCAUAUGGAGGAAUUACUGAGAAUCUGUACCUUAACAUUUCGCGACAUGGCUGCUAGUACAUCAACAUUUUGCAUUCCAGCCUAGAGUAAAAUCUUGAAUAUGUAAAACUCCUGAUACGCAAUAAGCCUCCAUAAAAUUAUUUUUUGCAUCUGCCAGCUUUUGUCACUUUUAUUGUUUGCUUUUACUUUGCAAUGCAAAUAUAAAUUCAUUCAUGAUUCAA